GCCCUCAGUCUUCCAGCAGCAAACAGAAGACACAGGAAUAACCAUGCCUGAGCCAGUCCCUGAAGAGAAAACAGCGGUGGAUGCACCUGCUGAAGAUGGAGCAGAUACAGAAGCUGAUGGAGAUGAGCCUCAGUCUACUGAGCUCACUGGGCUCUUUGUGGAGAAACCGCCGGAUAAUGUAGUCGCUGUCGCAGGAACGGAUGUCACUUUCAUAGCCAAGGUCGACUCCACCAGCCUGACAAGAAAACCCACCAUGAAAUGGUUGAAGGGCAAGUGGCUGGACCUUGGCAGCAAGGCUGGAAAACAUUUGCAGUUCAAAGAAACUUACGACAGAAAUACUAAAAUCUAUACUUAUGAAAUGAAGGUCAUCAAAGUGGUCCCUGGAGACGCUGGUGGUUACAGGUGUGAAGUGACUUCAAAAGACAAAUGUGACAGCUCCACCUUUGAGAUCUCUGUUGAGGCUGCACAUCAGGACGAGCAGGCAGAUAUUUUGUCUGCCUUCAAGAGAGCUGACGCUGGAGAGGAUGAGGGAGAUCUGGAUUUCAGCGCUCUGCUCAAAGCUGCUAAGAAGAAGAAACCUGAAAAAGUAGAACCAGAGAUAGAUGUGUGGGAACUGCUUAAGAGUGCCCACCCAAGCGAGUAUGAGAAAAUCGCCUUUAAGUAUGGCAUCACUGACCUGAGGGGCAUGCUGAAGCGUCUGAAAAAAAUGAAGGCCGAGCCUGUUAUACAUAGCGAGGCUUUCCUGAAGAAGCUUGAAUCUUGCUACUCAGUGGAUAAGGGCAAGAAAAUUACCCUGAGGUGUGAAGUGGUGGAUCCCAAUGUUCAGGUCAAAUGGCUGAAGAAUGGUCAGGAGAUCAAACCCUCAGCCAAGUAUAUCAUGGAGACGAGCGGCAAUGUCAGAACACUCACCAUAAAUAAGGCAACCCUGGCAGACGAUGCUGCAUAUGAGUGCGUGGUUGGGGAAGACAAGUGUUUCACAGAGGUGUUUGUCAAAGAGCCCCCUGUGACUAUCACCAAGCUGAUGGAUGACUAUCACGUGGUUGUGGGAGAAAGAGUGGAGUUUGAGAUAGAGGUGUCGGAAGAGGGUGCCCACGUGAUGUGGUUUUUUGAAGACCAAGAGAUUCACAAAGACAAAGAUUCAAAAUAUCGCUUUAAGAAGGAUGGAAAGAAGCACACACUUAUCAUUCAGGAAGCUACACUGGAUGACAUCGGAAUGUACCACGCUUGGACAAAUGGGGGUCAUACCAAAGGAGAACUGGAGGUGGAAGAAAAGGAACUGGAGGUGUUGCAGGACAUCGCUGAUCUGACAGUCAGGGCAACAGAUCAGGCUAUGUUCAAGUGUGAAGUGUCUGACGACAAGGUCACAGGAAAGUGGUACAAAGAUGGCGUGGAGGUCUUGCCAAGCGAGCGCAUCAAAAUGACCCACAUUGGAAGGUUUCACCGACUGGUCAUUGAUAAUGUGAAGCCAGAGGAUGCUGGAGACUACACAUUUGUACCUGAUGGAUAUGCCCUGUCACUUUCUGCCAAACUGAACUUCUUGGAAAUUAAGAUCGACUAUGUGCCUAGGCAAGAACCUCCAAAAAUCCACCUGGACACCACUGGAAACAUGGUCUCCCAAAACACUAUCAUCGUGGUAGCUGGGAACAAGCUUCGUCUGGAUGUGGAGAUCACUGGCGAGCCAGCUCCAACUGUUGUCUGGUCCAAAGGAGAUAAUCCAAUCACAGACACUGAAGGACGUGUAAGGGUGGAGUCCAGGAAAGACCUCAGCUGCUUUGUCAUAGAGGGGGCGGAGAGAGACGAUGAGGGCAACUACUCCAUCACUGUCGCCAACCCUGCCGGAGAGGACAAGGCUGUGCUGUUUCUGAAGAUUGUGGAUGUGCCCGACCCCCCUGAGAAUAUCAAGUGCACAGGAGUGGGAGAGGACUGCGCCUCCAUUAUUUGGGACCCUCCUAAAUUUGAUGGCGGUGCACCAGUUAAAGGUUAUCUCAUGGAGAGGAAGAAGAAAGGCUCUUCCAGAUGGACAAAGCUCAACUUUGACGUGUACGAAUCAACCACAUACGAGGCUAAGAGGAUGAUUGAAGGUGUUCUGUAUGAGAUGAGGGUGUUCGCUGUCAACAGCAUUGGCAUGUCUCAGCCAAGUCUCAGCUCCAAACCGUUCAUGCCUAUUGCCCCAACAAGCGAGCCAACGCGUCUGACAGUCCACGAUGUGACAGACAGCACUUGCAGCUUGAAGUGGCUCGCCCCAGAGAAGAUUGGAGCUGGGGGCCUCGACGGCUACGUUAUUGAAUACUGCAAGGAAGGAGACACUGAGUGGGUGGUGGCAAACCAGGAGCUGUGCGAGAGACAGGGAUUUGUGGUGCGCGGCCUCCCGGUGGGAGAGAAGAUCAACUUUAGGGUGGUGGCAGUAAACAUUGCCGGGCGCAGUCCUCCUGCUAUAAUGUCACAGCCCGUCACCAUCCGUGAGAUCGUCGAACAUCCAAAGAUCCGCCUUCCUCGUGACCUGAGAACAAAGUACAUCAGGAAAGUGGGAGAGAAGAUCAACCUGACUAUCCCCUUCCAGGGCAAGCCACGCCCCGUCGCAAACUGGUUCAAGGAUGGCAAACCGCUUGACGAGAAGAUGGUCAACGUGCGUAACUCAAACGUGGACAGCAUUCUGUUCAUUCGCUCAGCAGAGAGAGAGCACUCUGGAACAUAUGAGCUGGUUCUGAAGAUUGAGAACAUGGAGGACAGGGCCAGCAUUAACAUCAGGAUUGUUGACAAGCCUGGGCCACCUUUGAAUGUGAAGGCGACUGACGUCUGGGGCUUCAAUGCAGCACUUGAGUGGGACCCCCCCAAGGAUGAUGGCAACUGUGAUAUUUCUGGAUACACUAUCCAGAAGGCAGACAUGAAGACCAAGGAAUGGUUCACUGUUUAUGAGCACAAUAGACGAACAAACUGCACAGUUUCGGAUCUGGUCAUGGGCAACGAAUACAUGUUCCGCAUCUACAGCGAAAAUCUCUGUGGCCUGAGCGAGGAGCCGCGCAUGAGCAAGAACACGGCUGUGAUUGGCAAAACAGGCUUGGAACUCAAAUCAAAGCCCUACAAGGAGAAAGACAUGUGCUGCUCUCCCAAGUUUACUCAGCCGCUGAUGGAUAGAAGUGUUGUGGCUGGUUACAGCACUGCUAUCAGCUGUGCUGUCAAAGGCUUUCCUAAGCCUAAGAUUGUCUGGAUGAAGAACAAGAUGAUUAUUGGGGAGGAUCCCAAGUACUUGAUGCAGAACAAUCAAGGAGUUCUGACCCUCAACAUUCGAAAGCCCAGCACCUUCGAUGGAGGGAAAUACUCUUGCAUGGCUGUCAAUGAACUGGGCAAGGAUGAAGUGGAGUGCACACUUGAUGUCCGAGUUUACAAAGAGCCAGAGAAGUGAGAAACUGGACAGCAACGAAUAUGAAAUUCAAAUUAUGAGCCAAACAGUGAAUGUAAGCAGUGGACGUCACAAUGAGGAGAGCACACUGUCAAGAUUGAAUCAAAUAAAAUAUAGUGAUCCUUGCUGUAAAA